CCGGGUGGGAGGAAGGGACGCGGCUGUUCGGUAAGCUGCGCUGCUACCCCUGCCUAGCAUCGUGACUAGCCGCCGCCGCUGCUGGCAGCUCCUGAGGGAGGCGCAGAAUUCACGUUUGCUUCAAAGCGGCGAGUCCCAUCUUUGAGAUAAAACCACAGGUUUGGGGUAAUGAGAGUGGAGGAGUGAAUGAGGCAGGUGUCCCAGUAGAACAUUGGCAGACGAGUGGGAGGCCGGGCAAGGAUGCUGGAGGCGGAUGCAGACCCAGCAGGUGCAGCAGUCGAGGGAGAAGGGGAAGCAGAGAUGGGGAGCAGAGACUUGAAGGCUGAGGUGGUGCGGUUGACCCUGGAGCUCCAAGAGGCCACAGAGGAAAAGCUACAGGCAGCCCGCUAUGGUCUGGUGGUGCUGGAGGAAAGUUCUGCCCUCAAGAUGAAACACAGGCAGCUGGAAGAAGAGCAUGAAACCCUCAAAGUGGAGCUACAGCAGCUCAAAGAGGCGUUUGCAGAUUCCGUGAGCAGCCAGAAGCGUGCAGCUGCUGAUGGAGAGUGCAGGGAGGAGAGCCUGCUGCAGGAGACUGCCACUAAAGAGGCUGCCAUGGCAACCCGCAUAGAGGAAGUUCAGGCAGAACUCAAGCAAGCACGUCUUGCUCUAAGCAAUGCCCACGCAGAAAUCGAUAGACUGGGGGUAGUCUCCACCCAACUAAAGAAGGAAUGCGAAUGUCUGGAAGCAGAGAAGGGCCAUCUGAGGGAUGAAAUGAAGGAAUAUAAAGUCCGUGAGCUGCGGCAAUUGCAGGACAAUGGUGAGCUAGAAGAAGAGAACAUAUCUCUGCAAAAGCAGGUGUCUGUGCUCAAGGAAAACCAGGUUGAAUUUGAGUCAAUAAAGCUAGAGCUGACCCACAAGAAUGAGGAGCAGGAGGAACUGCGAGGACAGCUGGACGAGGCAGCAAGAUUGAGGGAGAUUGCAGAGAGGCAGCUGGAUGAGGCCCUUGAAGCCCUAAAGGAGGAGAGGGAGCAGAAGAACAGUCUGCGGCGAGAGCUCUCUGCCUUGACCCUUAACCCCUUUGAUUCUGUGGGGAACCUGGAGCUCCACCUGGAGCAGCUGGAUGAUAGCCAGGAGGAGGGCCAGGGUGGAGAGGGAGAAGGUGAAGGUGAGGAAGAGAACCAGGACAGCGGUUUUAAUAAUGGUCCUGGAUCUGCUUCCAGUUCUGCUCACCCUCCUCACUUGGGUGGCUCUAAAAGCAACGGCCUCAUCCAUCGCUACUCCACUCCACGCAACAGUGACGUGUUCCUGCGUGCUCCAGCCUCCGGGCUGGUGUCAGACCUGCUGAGCGAGCUGCACUUUUCAGACAGUCAGAAACUUAAACAGCAGCUCCUACAGGCGGAACGAGAGAAGUCCGGCCUGGUCAGCAAGGUGGAGGAACUGCAGAUGCAGCUGGUAAUGUCCAAACAAGCACUCAGUCAGCAGGAAGACAAAGUUGGCUCUCUGACCCAGCAGCUUGAAGCAGUGCAGAGCAGUCAGCAUCACAACCAAGACACCGACGACCAUGGAGAUGAUGAGACAGAAAAUGGAGACGGUGCCGUCUUUGACUAUGAGGUGGACACCAAGAGCAAGGAGGUGCUGGAGGCUCGCAUGCGCUCAGCUAGCGAAGAGCUUCUGAAGCUGCGAGAUGAACUGUCUCAGGCAGGAGCUCGUUAUAACACCCUGGAGCAGAGAUACAAGCAGGAGAAGGAUCGUUGGAGGGCAGAGGCCCAGGAGCUGGCUGACAAAAUCCGUCAGUGCAUCAAGUCCAGUAAGCAAGAUCAAGAGCGCAUCAGCGAUCUGGAGAAGGAGAUUGGAGCCACUCGUAAGGUGGCAAUUGAUUCUGAAGGGCACUUGAGCGUUGCUCAGGAAGAGCUGCUGGCUUUCUCUGAGGAGCUGUCCAACCUCUACCACCACAUCUGUGUGUGCAACAACCUAACACCCAAACGGGUCACCCUGGACUAUUACCGUGAUGGCGCCAGGGCAAGCGGUGGAGGAGGCAGUGCACGAAGAUCACACGUCUAUCCUCCCAACACCCAGAAGAAGCCUCGAGCCAAUGACAUGUUCAUUUCCAAAGCUGCAGCAUUGCAAUUUAUGGGAGAGGUAGACAGUGCAGGAGCCAGUGUGGAUUCUCCAAAUUGCCCUGGAUCUCCCACCCUGGAUUUCAGGGACCCUUCCAACGUUCGUAACUUGGUAGCAGUCAUCCGUUGCCAGAUCAAACACCUGCGGGUGGCAGUGGACCUUUGUCGUCAGAGGGGUGCAAUGCCUUACUCAGGAUUCAGCAGCAGCGGCGAGGCAGAGCGGGAUGCUGAAAGCCUUUUGGAGGAAGUUCUAAAACUCAAGUCCCUCCUCAGCACCAAGAGAGAACAGAUUGCUACCCUCAGGACUGUCCUUAAGGCUAACAAACAGACUGCAGAGUUGGCCUUGUCCAAUUUGAAAACCAAGUAUGAGACAGAGAAGAGCAUGGUGUCAGAGACUAUGAUGAAACUGAGGAAUGAGCUCAAAGCCCUGAAAGAGGACGCUGCCACCUUCUCUUCACUCCGAGUCAUGUUUGCCAGUCGGUGUGACCAGUAUGUUACCCAGCUGGAUGAGAUGCAGAGGCAGCUUGCAGCUGCUGAGGAUGAGAAGAAGACCCUGAAUUCUCUGUUGCGUAUGGCCAUCCAGCAGAAACUGGCUCUUACCCAACGUUUGGAGGACCUGGAGGCUCCUAUGUCUCCCCACAGCUUGAACAGCAGCCCCCGUCGCUCCAGGGCCAAAGAGCUUGCUACCAAGUCAGGCCGGGCCCCUCGGAGCCCCCGAAGCAGUCCUGCUCGCCCACCACUGAGAAGCAGUCCACGGUCUAGCCCAGUUCUCGGCAGCAGCGUUCCUGCCAUGGCCACUCACCACCUGCGAGCUCUAACAAGAAGCCUCCACACAAGCCCUCGCUGAAACACUCCUUCCAUUACUCCAAACCCCCUCUUCUCCAUAAGGACCUGUCUUCAUGUUGACUCCCCGGCUCCCUCCUCCUUUCCUGACUUGAGACAUCCUGUCCAUCCCAGAUAUGAUGCUACAUUACCCUCUCUGCCCACCAGAACCAUGGAUUGAAAAAAGUUUUAAAAAAACAAAAAAAAAAAGCUCUCAUCCCACCCUCUUGGUCUUCUCUGCUUGGAGUGGAGAAACCUGCAUGCAGCCUGGAGAAGGAUGAAGAGACAAAUGCGCUGCUCAUUUCUCUGUGAAGUCAUUGACUGUGUCUUGUCCAAAGUGGUUCCAACUUCCAUCUGGUCUUGUUCAAGGCUGUGUGUAGCGGUGAACCGUUGACGGUAUUUAUUCCAGAAUGAAAGAUUUCUUGUGUACAAUAUUUCCUGUCCUCAGAUUGAUUCAAGGCUAUGAUCUGUUCUCCGAAGGCUCUAAGUCUUUACACUCUUGCCUUUAGUCUGGCAUCCUGUCCAGGCCUGUCUGGCAUCUUUUAGUGUUGGUAAGCCAUUAGGUCAUCUGUGAUAGCUUUCCCAGGUAGUUGUUUUUAUAGAACAAUGCAGCCUUAUUCACAGAAUUGCUGUCUUAAAAGUAGAGCUUGCUGUUGUCUUGAGAUUUCUUCCUUUUCCUGGUGGUGCAGUUUCAUGCCCUUUUUAUUCUGUGACAUUUCUAGUUCUUUGACUCGGGCCUCUCUGCCACACCCUUUAACUAGAGGGCAGUAAAUAUGCCAUUUCAUAUGGAAACAGAUCAGCCAUAAGUUCACCACCUCAGGUCAAACACUGAGUAUUCAGACACAUGAUUUAGGAAAUUUUUAAUGUGCAUCUUACUUUGCAAACUAUGCAGAACAAAUCAGGACAGUGCCUGUAUACUUCCUGCUGUUGUUUAGGCUCAAGGUGAGUUUUAAAGCGUAUGUUCGCUUUCAAUUAAAAGUGGCCAGCUGCAGCUAUUUUACAACAGACAUUUGACAUCUGUUAGAAUCAACAGCUUUUGAAAAUCAUUUCUUAGUGCAGUGUGGUGCAACUGCAGGCAUCCCAUUGACAGGCUUCGUCUUGUUAGGCUGUUAGUUUUAAAAGACACUGUCUCACAUCACUCAAGAAUUCAAGUGGCUUGGUUUGCCCUAAAACUGAUACAUCUUCCAUGCCCAUUUUUCUCAAUGACACUGACAACCGUCUCCAUUCAACUUCUGCUUUUUAUUGCUCCUUUGAACAGCUAAGCAACAAUAUUCGUGUUCUGUGUUUCAUCAUUUUAGAUCACCAUGCUUUUGUGUGCUUCCAAAAUACGCACAUCCUGUAGUAAGGAAGUAGUAUCACCCACAGCGAGUUGCUUCUUCUAUGGCUGCAGCAUCCACUGUUUUCAGUUUGGAAUGCUAAUAGCGUACGCAGGUGUUUUUGGGGUUGCUGCUUGUAGAAAAUUGAAGUAAUAAUGAUGCCCCUUAUUUUGAAAAAGCAUUACACUGUACUUUACAUCUAGUAACACAUUCUAACUUUAAUCCAAAUGCACUAAAUUUUAGAAAGCUGCACAUUUAAAGUGCAUCGUAACUAACACAUGACAUUGCAUUGGUAACCAGAAAAAAAAAACAUAUAAAUGUCCAUGGAUGACCCCUACAAGGAUCGCUUAAUAAGUAGUUUGACACCAGGGCUGUAAUUAUAGGACAGCAUUCCAUAUGUUACUAUUGGCACUAUACCUGUCUCUUCCAGAGCAGCCUAAAUUUAAAUUGCCUGAUGAAACCAAUCACAGUCCUUUAGACCAGAUUUGGAAACAGUUGUUUGAAGAGUAAACGCAACAAAACUUUGACCCCAAUUGUUUAAGCUCAGCCGCCCUGUUACUGUUACUACUGAGUGUGGUUUUCUAGAAGAAGCCACAUUCUGCUGACGUAUUUUUUGUUUGUUUUUUUGUUUUGUUUUUGUGCCUUGGUUUUGGUUCUGUCUGUUGUUUUUAGACUACACCACAUUUUCUAAAUAGAGACUACUGUCCAGCACUGUAGUUGUACAUUUUUUUUAAAGGUGUGUAUUAAUUGCUUUUGAGGAAGCUCAUUGAGCAGUGUUAGCACUGAAUAAGGUGAUAACAUUUUGGUAAAAUAUUUUCACUUUUUAGCUUGUAACAACUCUUUAAUAUUACCUAAAGAAUAAUUUAACACGAAUUUCCCUUGAAAUUAACGCUCACUGAUUUGAGAGAACUGUUAUGCUAAUCAUGGUUACUGUAAAGAUUAUGAAGGAAUUACUCAUGGCUCAUGGUUGCUGCUGUAACGUUUUGAAAAUGAUGUUGGCAGUUUCUGAAGUGAAAGAGGAGCUCAGCUAUUUAUGGUUGAAAGUUCACAGACUCCCACUAAAAAGUGAAAAUGCUUUAUCAUGAUGUCAUAUUACACUGAAGGUUGUAAAUGGAUUUCUUAAUCUAUUUAAUUCUCUCUGUGAAGAUGUGUGUAUAAUUUAAUUUACCACUGUUGUAUAAUAUUUUAACUGUAUUUAUGUGGUCAGCAUUCUGUGUAAAUUGUUCUAGAAGACAACAUGCACCCACUCCACGUACCACAUUUGAUGGUCCUCAACUUUUUAUGUGUAUACAAGUUUUAUUGACCUGUGACCCACUUUUGUCAUGAAGAAAUAAAAACAAGCCAACACUGUA